AUGAAAACACUCUCAGAAGAUACUAUUUUUGUGCAGUAUCUCAAACGAUUUUUCAGGUUAACUGGCAGAAAUGUUACAGCUAAGCCGUAUUUCUUCAUUUUCAUCUCUUUAUUUGUUACCGUGAUGUGCUCCUCUUCUAUUUUGUUAACUAAAAUGACUAAUGAUGUGACUGAUUUUACGCCAAAAAAUGCACGAUCUCUCAAAGAAUUGAAAAUUUACAAUGAUUUUUUUGGCCAUGAAGGCUACCCGGUUGUAGUUUUCGUGUUUAUAACUGCUAAGGACGGCAGUUCUAUGCUAGGCGUCUCUCAGCUCAACGAAACUGUUCAGUUACUUGAUUCAAUUGCCAAUGACGUGGAAAUAAGAGAUGAACAAAUAAAUAGAACAUUAGUUUUUUCACAGUUCUGCACCAGUUUUUGUGAAGUGAAUGAACCAAUACGGAAUAUCUACAAUGGUCUUUUGAUAAAUGAACAGUACAAUGGAACUUCGGCGCAAAUCGAUCUUGCUUAUCCAGUAAGCACCAUUCUCGGUCAAAGAUUUCGUAUCGAUGACAAUUUCUUUGGAGUACAAAUCGGGAAACGGAAUAUUUUGCUGGAUACUCGCUUGGUGUUAUUGCAAUUCCGAGCUAUACUUCAAGGUAAUAUUGAUAAUAAUAACGCUGAACGAUACGAAAUGGCAGUCACUAAUUUCAUACAAAAAAACUUCACAUCAAGUAUAAUUAGUGCUGUUACAAUGUCAUCAUCAUUUAUAACUGCUGAAAUUGUCCAUGCCGGCCUGAGUUUACUACCAUUCACUGCAAUCGGAUUUGUCAUCAUGUGCAUAUUUUCCACUGUAACAACAAUUAUUAGUUCUAUGCUGCUUUCUCAAUUUCGUUAUUUCAAGAUAGUAACAGCGAUAGCAGCUUGUGUAUCGCCACUUCUAGCCUGCAGUACAGCUCUUGGUCUUCUGCUAUGGUGCGGUUUACGAUUCGGUUCUAUCUUGUGCGUGACACCGCUCUUAGUCCUGGCCAUUGGUGUGGAUGACGCCUUUAUGAUGAUGAAUUACUGGCAACAGACUUAUCAUCAGUACCGUUUCUUCACUUAA